GGAAAAUCUCCAGCGACUGCUGGAGGACAAGAGUUUCAAAGAAGAAGUCAUUCACUUCAGUAUUGCAGAGGAAAUAACCAUUGUGUCAGCUGCACACAGACCUGAGCUCAUCCCAAUUAUCAUGAGGAUUCUUUAUGGACGCAUGAGGAGCAAAACAGGGAGCAAAACCCAAGGCCGAGCAGCAGCAGGGACCCGCAUGGUCAUCGUUUUAAAUUUCCUGGCCGGCUCAUUACCUCAGGAGAUACACCUCUUUCUGGAUCUUCUCCUUGAGCCAGUAAAGCGUUUAACUCAGGGAUCCUGUCUGUCUGCAGUGUUACAGUCAGUAAAGACUUUGGAUUUGUCAAAGGUUUUACCUCUAGGACGUCAGCAUGGUCUGCUGAAUGGCGUUGAUGUGGUGAUGAAAAAACUGGGCCAUCUAAUCCAAGACUAUCUGCCGAAACUGCUCCAGAUCACCUUGUGCACAUGUGCGUCAGUGUCUCAUAUUCUUCAACAAAGAGACCAGAUUCAACCAUGGUGCAUAAACCAGCUGAAAUAUUUGAGACGUCUGGGAAUAAAUCAGAUUGCUGCUUUCUUUUCCGACUUUGAGUCUUACGCUUUCACAGCAGAUGAGAUUGAUGCAUUGUUUCAUGGUGUAGUGUGGCCACAGAUCGGGAGACUUGCCUCUGAAGGGCAGUACGCGCCGACCCCCCUCCUGAAACUGAUUCAUAUCUGGAGCAAGAAUUCCAGGUACUUCCCCCUCCUUGCAAAACAGCUUCCCGAUCACCCAGAGUUGGAUAUUCUGAGCAACGUCUUUGCCUUGCUGUCGUCUAAGAGCAUCGCAGAACCUUCGGCGACAGUUGUCAUGGAUAUUGUUGACAGCCUGCUGAGCACGCCUGACUUCUCACCAACAGCGCAAGCAAGCAUCCUGACUGUCAAUGACACAACCUUUCCAGAACCUUCCAGCACUGCAGGAGAAUCUGCGAGCAUGGGGAUAUGUCUUAUUCUGCCUCAUAUUUCUACUAUCCUGCAACAUCUCAACAAAGCAGUUGGAAACGUGGAACGAAUGAAGAAGAAGAAAUUCCAAACACAAGUCAGUAAAGAUUUGAGCAUCCUUUCAAGAAUAAGUCGGUUUGUACAGGAUAAGGAACAGAGCAGUGUUCUGAUCAAUCUCCUGAUGCCCUAUCUAUUUAAGCCAAACACAUCUCAGGAUACGGAGAUUGACAUCCUGGAAACCAUUCAGAACCUCCUGCAGCACUGCCCUGAGCCUGCCAUUUUCAUCAAGCCACUGGCUGCCCUUUUCUCUGUCAUUCAGAAUCGGCUCUCCCGGCAGACUCUCUGCUCUGUCUUCCAGACCUUGGCCGAUCUGGACAGCACACUAGCAUACAUUACCGAAACUGUCACUAAGUUAAAUGCCUUUGAUCGACAACAUCUUGAUGACAUUGAUUUUGAUGAGCGCCUGUCUGCGUUCCAACUUGCGACCAACUCUAUCCGAGAGAUGGGAAAAUUGGAUAUGGAGUAUCUGACCGCAGUCAUGCACAACUGCUUCCAUUCCAUUCAGUUGGGUGAGAUGACUCUUAAUGACAGCGCGACACUUUGCUUGACUGCAGUUAUCCAACAAGUGGUUUCUGUUGAUUGCUCAGAGGAGGAAUACAAGGAGGUCGUCAACCGCACUUUACUGGAGACCUUACGGAAUUGUCUCAAAUCGAAGACCGAG